UCUGGUGCCUGCUUCUUAAAUGAUUUCCUCAAACUUCACAGCUGCAGCAAUAUGGGGCUCACCACUCCCCUUUGUGUGGGAGCCAAGGCAUGAAGCUUGCUGACACCAGACCGAGUGGAACCGCCCAAGCAUAAAGGGCAUUUCUUCCCUCUCAACGUUUUCAGUUUCUUGUUAUAGCUGAAACUCAGCUUGUCAGCUCUGAGAUGAGUGCUGCAGAGCCUGCAGAGGCUUUUUUGGGCAUGUUCAGUACCACAGACAGACUGCAGGAAGGCGAGAUCGAUAAAAAGCUCCAAGGAAAAUGUCUCAGAAUAGUCUCCCAUGUGUCUCCUGCUAGGCUUCACUGCUGCUAUGCAGUGAUCAUCGUCCUCACUGCAGCUGUGAUUGCACUUUCUGUGGCUCUGUCAUUGCCAGGAGAAAAGCUAGAACAGGACUCAGUCAAAAAUACAUAUGCUGUUUGCCCAAGAAACUGGAUUGGAUUUGGGAGUAAAUGUUUUUAUUUUUCUGAAGACACAAGCAACUGGACAUUCAGUUGGAAUUUCUGCAUGAAACUAAAGGCACAGUUAGCUAAAUUUGACAACAUGGAGGAACUGAAUUUCCUGAAGAGAUACAAAGGGACCUUUGACUACUGGAUCGGCCUGCACAGAGAGUCAUCACAGCACCCUUGGAGGUGGAUGGACAACACAGAAUAUAACAGCUCAGUUCCCAUCCGAGGAGCAGAAGAAUAUGCCUACCUGAACAACAACGGGAUCAGCAGUGCCAGGAUCUAUGCAGACAGGAGAUGGAUUUGUAGCAAGCCCAACAGCUAUAUCCUGGAAUGCCAAAUUCCUUUUGCUUCUUUCUAGUCUUUGUCAAGAGAUGCUUUGCAACCUAAUAUCUACAGUUGCUGCUCUAUCCCCUGUUUGCCAAUAUUGUUAUAAAAAAAUUGACUGCCAACUGGGUCACAUGAGCAUCCAGGCAUCAUGCAGCCUCCCUGAUGACAACAGGUCCAAGAGUGCUCCUGAGACAGCAAGUAUUUGGCAAGAGGUGGUAUGUGUCCUACAGGUUCAAACAUUCAGCCAAGAUUUAAAGCUUCACAUAAACAUAGACAAGCAUGUCCAUCUAAAAAAAAAAAGGAAUUGAGAAUAUUUCUUUACAUCCAAAUGAGAAACAUAUUGAAGAACUGCACAACCAAGGGUUUAGAA